AGACUCCCUGUCGGUGGGUCGGUGCGGUCGUAAACAAAGAAAUAAUCACUUUGGUAGUAUAGUUUUUAGUCCUUUUAACCUGUUAAACUCGUGUUGGGUCGUCUGUUCUCCUACUCGUACCGUUUGCCGGCGUCACAUUAUUUUUAUAUCGUCGUCAUAAAUACAUAGUUAUGUUAUAAAAAAUACGUUUUAGGACGCGUUCGGCAGUCGUUCAUGUUGUCCCAGUGUUCGCGUUGUAUCGAACGAACGGCGGACCAAUAACUGCACAGCGGCUUAGAUUUCUCAGGUCCACAGCAACCGUAGUACAAUCGUAGUUUUACGUGUGCCUUAAAGUUGUAUGCUUUGUGCGCGCCGACAUCCAUUGUAGUCCUCCGUCGAUAGGUCCGAUACUACGGACGUCCAUCGCGACUCGCGAGCGCCCCGCGUACUCGACACGCAAGUUGUCGCGCCCACCACUGUGUUGCUCUCAUUCUACCGUCCGAACGGCUCGUUUGCCACUCGCUUGACCACCUGUUCGACAUUGAGAAAAACAGAACCGCAUUGUCUGUCGACCUAAUUUGCGGCUGACUGCGUUUAAUUUAUUCUAGUGGAAAUCUAUCACCGUCGCUCUACUUUGAGCACCCGACUCGUCCAACGGUCGUUUGAUCGCUCGAACAACUUUUUUCGUCAUCCACGCCGGACCGACUCCUCCAUUUUUCGUGCGUUCCGAGUGUUAUCCGUGUCCGCCCAUUUAGCGAGUUCCGUCGGUUAGUCGUUUCGUUGUCGUCUAGCCGCUAGACUCUUGCGAACUGUAAACUGCGUUAGUGCUCGCCGACAGCGUCAACCGUCGUCCAUUACACCGAGCACGAAUACGCGCACACACGGUGAUCGACUCGUCUCAAGAGUUCGAUCGUCGUCGCAAUGGCCUCCAAAAAAUCAGUUUCGCCCGGACCCAUUGACUUGAUGAAGGAAAUAAUGAAAUUAAUUGCUGAACCAAAUUCGGUCAACAACAAAAAAAGACUGGAAGUGUCUUAUUUCCAACAUCCACCUAAGACGGUUGAUCCUACAACUUGUGAACUAUGUAGCAAAAGUACAGGAAUCGUAUGCAGUGGCCAAUAUGAAAAAUGCUCAGAUACCCCGAAUAAAUAUGAAGAUGUUAGACUCAAGAUUAAAAAUAUAUUUGAUUUUGAAUAUCCGUGCAAUCCAUUUGAAUCAUUCCUUGAAGAAGUACCUAUACAGCGCAAAUACAAUGUUAAACUUCCUGCCAGAAAACAGUUGGAUAAACUAAAAAUGAUUCGGAAGAGUGAUAGAUGUGUUGUGUGUAAAAAAGGUGUUCUUCAAGGACGGUUGGUGCAAUGUCAUUAUUGCAUUCGACUUUACCACCUCAAUUGUUUGGAUCCUCCUAUUCGUGAUUGGGAUCACAGUAUGAGGUGGAUUUGUCCAGCACAUGAUGAUUUCUUUGAAUUAGCAUAUCCUGACAUUUUCACUCCUGGUUGUGGAUUAUUAGGUACUAAAAGUAUUACAACAAAGAGGAAUCGAUGUGAACUGCCCAGUUUACCUGUGGACAAAUUUUUCAACAUACCAAGUAAAAUUGAUAAAAUGUAUAAAAAGCCACAAGAAAAUGUUCCAACAACAUCAACCGAAAACUCAUCUUUAAAUAUUCUAUGUGAUGUUGCUACGCUUGCAUUGGAGUCGAUGAAUGCUGAUCAUAAGACAAAUGAGGCUGAUAAUGUUCCAUUUGAUAUUUCAAACAAAUUAUGUCAAGAAAGAAAUUCUUUACCAUCUAAACAAUGUAGUGCCACUCUAUCUUGUUUAUCCGUACCCUUAAAUAUUUCUGUACAGAGAGAAGUUCUAACAAUUGGCAAGAGCCAUAAAAACAAACUGUGUUUGCAACCUUAUGGCAAUUGUGAGUAUAUUUCUGACUAUCAUGCCACCAUCAGAUUUGAUAAAAAAACUGGAGAUUUUAUUUUGAAAAACCUAAGUCGAUUUGGUGUAAUAGUUGAUAAUGUAUCCUAUUUUGGAAAUCGCAGAAAACCCUCCAACAACCAUGAACUGAAAAAAGUCAAUUCUGGACUCCUAAAGCAUAUAAAUAAACAAAGAAAAACAGUUCAGAAAGAUAAGAUAAUUCACGUUGCCCACAACAGUGACGACGAAAAACCAAUAAUUAAAUAUGCUGCUAAGACACAUGGAUUUAAUUACAAGCCAAUGUCAAAAUAUUAUUUAAAUAUGUACAAGAAUACAAAACACGGUUAUAAAAAAGCUCAGUGCAAGUGCUCUAAGAGACUCAUCCAAAAAGACGGUUAUUCUGGCUUUGCUAUCCUGCGCAAUGAGUCAAUAAUAUUAAUUGGUUGCAUGAAAUUUAAAUUUACUUAUGAUUCAAAUUUACCAGAUUCAUUAGAAACUUUUUCUAAGAUACAAAACAAACCUUUCCAAAAUGAAAAUGAACCUCAAGAAAACGGUAUCAAUAUUUUAAUUGAUACAAUCAACAAUCUUUCUUCAUUUAAUAUUAAUGAAGAAAGAUACUCACUUAAAGAUGCGGAUAUUACAAACCCUUGUGUAUCUGAAACCAUUAUGCAUGAUAAUAAUGAUACACAACCAUUGGAAAUGAACGCUUCUGAAACAUCAGACAAUGAAUACCUAAAACAGUGGGACAUAAUGAAUGCUAUGUCAAGUAAACAAUCAUGUUUUGCCAGUGAUUUAAUACAAGAAGUUGAAGUUAAUGAGUCGUCUGCGGAUGAUGAAAUUAUUGAAGAAGAAAUUGUGUAUGAAAUGAAUUAUGUUGAGGCCGAUAAUUGUGCACCUUCCCAUGAUCAAGAAUGGGAAAUAGAAGAGAUCGUGAUUGGAGAGGAUAGAAACUACAAUGAUAAUGAACUUGGGAAUUCUACUGACGUACAAUUGAAAUCAACAGUUGAAGGAGAACCCAGUUGUAAUCGUGAAGACUAUAAGACUGAACAUAUGUAUUGUGCACGUAGUAAAUUAUAUGACGAUACUAUUGUCAUAUCAGAUGAUGACGACAAUGAUAACAAUCAGACCGAUGAUAAUGGCUAUGUCGAAGAUUAGGCUACGUUAUAAAAACAGAAAACCUAAACAAGUUUUUUCAUUUAUAUUUUGUUAUUGAUUUAUUAAGUUUUUUUUUAUAGAAUUCUAAGAUACCAGUAUAAUUUUUUUUUUCCAUUGUACAUCGCCUAAUUUAUCAAUUAUUGCUAAUUUAAAAUGUUCUGGAAUUUUUUUUUAUUUUUAAAACUGUAGCCAUUAUAUUAGUUUAUAAUGAUAACAACACAAUUGAUAGUGUGAAGACCCAUGUAUUUUUAUAACCUUUUAAAUAACCUAAUAUUAUAUUACAUAUUUGGUUACUUUA